AUGGAUGCAGCCAGCCAAGGCCCCAUGGAAGUUGUGCUUCUCAAGCACACCCUGGAUGUCUGGGUCACUGUCUUCAGCAUCCUGGCCAUCAUCAUCAUGACCUCCUCAUUGCUAUGCCCAGGCACGGCAGUCAUCAUCUAUCUCAUGCAGACCCAUUGGGUCCUCAGUGGGGCUGUCUACCAGCCUCCCAAGAGGGCCAGAUGA